AUGUCUUUUACAAUAUCCAGGGAAUACCCGCGAGCAAUUUUGCGCCCACUUCAGUUGGUGUCGACUGCGGGCCACGAGCAGCCCCGAACUAUCCAAUCACCAUCCUUGCCAGAAACACCAUCACUUGCGUGGCGAGCUACGAGCCAUGUCUUUUCUGGGACAAAAGACCGCGAUGCUCAUCCUGCUUGGCCACUAUCGUCUUUUGAGCAAGACCCUGCAUCAAUUCCAGAUGAUGACAAGUACAACAUUCACUAUGAUCCGGAAUCAACAACGAGCCGGCGAAGCAUUUACCACAUGUAUGAUCAGAGUGAUUCGCAAAAGACAUCAGAAGUCGAUCCUGUGCCUCCUCCAUUUCUUGCCGCUAAGCGGUAUAUACCGAUACAAAAUGCUCAAAGCGCGGACGACUUUACCCGGGAUAAAAUGACGCUACUCAUGUUGCCGGGAAUGGGUGUGCCUAAAGAGAUGUUCGAGCCUUUUCUCGAGACACUGCUUCUCAAACUCCAUGGUACAAACGCCCAAAUCGACGAAAUUUGGACCCUCGAUAUGCCCUCAUCUGGCCAGACUGCUCUUUUGAACCCUAGAGGUUAUCUUUAUGGCAAUGAGAAAGACAUUACUCGGGAUAUCUUGCUAUUCAUCACUGCCUACCUCCCCCUCACUGCCGCACAAGUUCUUCCGGAGCAACUAGUCGCUAGGGAGCCGACCACACAUGGCCAACAACCCGUGAGACGCAAUGUCCACGUUUUGGCCCACAGCCUGGGAGCACAAUGUGCAAUACUAGCAGCAGCCCACGCACCUGAUAUCUUUGCAAGUCUAACGGUUAUGGACCCCGCCAUGAUUCCAUCGGGAAAAAUCAACAAGGCAUUCACAAAGCUGCCCAAAGAUACCCUUUGCACAAAACUCAGAUAUUCGCAUCCAAGUCUGGAUUCGGUUGUUACGAACCUGCGGACGAACAAACGGACACGAGGCUGGGACAAACGUGUCAUAGAUAUCUUUACUCGGCGAGGUGUCAUUCCAGAUAGCGAGGGUUUCCGACUUAUCGCGCACCCUCGACUUGAAUGGGCGCUGUAUUAUGACAAAAAAACGCCGGCCCAGUGCUUCGAUCGUCUAACUGAUAUCAAAGUUCCGCUUCACACGAUCAUGCCUACUCGUCCGUUCGCUGUUCCACCAAAACAGCUUGAAACAAUUGUUGGAGGACUUUCUCAACCGACGAAGAUCACAUGGAUUACAAAUACAACACACCAGCUACCCUUGGAGCGUCCGGAUGAGUGUGCAGAUGCAGCUGCAUCAUGGCUCGCUAGUAUUUCACAGAAGACCCUCAACAGAGCUCGGUUGUAG